GACCGCGGUCGCCCCGGUGCUCAUGCGCAUCUUCGGCGGCAAGAACGGCACCCUCGCGGGCGGCGCCGCCGCGCGCGCCGCGGCGGCCGAGCGGGCCGCCGGCGAGCUGCUGGCGCGGGCCCAGGCCUCCAGCGGCGCGGCCCUGGCCGCGGCGCCCGUGGAGGCGCGCGCGGAGGCUGCGGCGAAGCUGCUGGCCAACCGCGCGGCCGUGGUCGCGGACGCCGUGCUGGCCGAGCCGAAGAGCCAGAAGGAGCUGAAGCGCCUGGCGCCGGAGAAGGCGCCCGCGGUCGACGCCGCGCUUCGCGCGGUGGCCGCGGCGCUGCUGGCCGGGGCGCCCCCGGUACUGCCACGGGCGGCCGCCGACGGCGCAGAGGUGGACCGCGCGGACGUGGCGCAGGCGUGCCACUACGUCGCGGCGCGGCUGUGCGUGCCGAGGGACAUGGGGGCGCCCGCGGCCGCCGCCCUGCGCGCCGCGUUGCUGAGCCUCGCGGCGGCGGCCGAGGGCGGAACAGCAGCCUGAGGCUGGGUGCGAGCGAGCGUGCCUUGCGCGAGGAGCGCACGGCGAUGGCAGGCGGAUCUGCCGGCGCUCGCGGCCAGCCCUCCUCGUCUCGGGGAUCCCGUUCGGGCGGAGAAUUCGGCUCGGGGGGGACGCAUCGACCCACAAUCGCCCAGUCAUCGCCG